CAGUUCUCCACGUGAUACUUUCCAUAGAUCAGACAUGUGCUACUGGUUGUGCUAGAGUUCUGCCGACUCCACCGAUCCAGCACCCUCGGGACGUCUGGCUUUAGACACUUGGCAGUAUGAGCGCAUCUGGGACAGGAGGCCUCCAACGACGGCGCGUACCCGGUUCGUCGGCUGCCCCGUCGACUAGCUGGGCUGCAGGAGCAGUGGCUGACCUGGACGAAGAUACCCCACCUCGCUCGCACACCAGUACACCUGUGCAUCAGGAAAAUGGUGGAGAAAGCAGGUCGAGCUGGGAUGUAGGAUCGUCCUCACGAACACGGCGGCGGGAUGGCGAUCUAGGCAAUCCGAAUUCGCCAGGGAUUGCCUCUUUCAGCCGAUCUGGAGGGGGUGGACAGAGCAUCACUGUCACCGACGACCGGGGUCGAAGAGUCGCUUAUGAUCCAAGGGACCUGAAUGAUGACAAGGAGACAAACGAGCACCCACACCUUACUCUGAUGGAGGAGAUCCUUCUGUUAGGACUCAAGGACAGAGCGGGGUAUCUUUCUUUCUGGAAUGACAACAUUUCAUACGCACUGCGUGGCUGCAUUCUACUCGAGCUCGUGCUACGGAAGCGGAUAGCGGUCACCAAGGAUCCAAGUCGGCGGAGAUUCGCAGUGCAAGAUCGGAUUCUUGAAGUGAUCGGCUCGAAGAUGACGGGGGAGGUGCUGUUGGACGAAGCAUUGAAAGUCAUGAAGGCAUGUGAUGAGCCAAUGAGCUGUUCACAAUGGGUGGACUUGCUCAGCGGUGAGACCUGGAACUGGAUGAAGAUUGGCUUCCAGAUGAAGCAGGUCCGCGAACGGCUCGCAAAGGGAUUGGUAGACAAGGGUAUUUUACGGACUGAAAAGCGCAACUUUUUGCUGUUCGACAUGGCAACGCAUCCUGUGGCAGACACCGCAACCAAAGAUGCUGUCCUAAAACGAAUACUCGUUCUCCUCACCUCCAGCUCAUCUUCGGUACAUGCCAACAUUUUCUAUCGCGAAGAGAAAGCGGAUGUCACUUUCCGCGUCACGCGAGCGCUCUGCCUGCUCUGCUGUGCGUUUGCCGCGAAUGUGCUGGAAAAUGCACUGACGCAUCUGACGUAUGAAGCGCGCGAGACGGCAUUUCAAAAGGCGGAUGACAUCAUGAACGAAUUCAGCCAGUGGCCCAUGGCACCACAAACGCCUGGAGGAGGCAUCGGCGCUGCCCCGACCGCGGCAUCUGCCUCGGGGGCAAGAAUGAACGGAACCGGCAUUGGCGAGGGAAGUGUGCUCACAGAUACUUACGAAGAGGCCAGCAUGGGCGUAGGCGUCACAGAAUUGGCCAGAGCCAUCCGCAAUGACUAUUCCAAGGCGGAUGAAUCGCAAUACGAAGCGAUCGCAGGCUUGCUGGCGACUUUGGCAAAAAUGGACAGUCUGAUAUGAUAAUACCGGGCAUUUUGAUCUAAAGCUACGAUUAAUAUAAUCCACCCGUUGCUUAGGAGCAAAACAGAUGAUUUCCGGCUCCAGGCCACCCAGGCGCCACAUUUUAGCCAUACGGUCGUGUGUGAGGGAAUACGCGUCAUGUCAAGGGACGCAAUGUGCUCUAUUCGUCGUCAUAAGUGAACUUGAUCGAGCUGCAAUGGGCAGAAGAGAUGUACGCAAAUCAGCAAUUGCAAUGGAACGUGGCCUAAUUUGCUC